AUGAAGUUAUCACUCGCCUAUUUAUUGGCCACGGAUGUAGUUGAAGCGCUGCUAGUGCGCGGAAGUCUUCCUUUAGAUUCGCUGACCUUUGAUAAGAUCAUCUCGAAGACAAAAUACACUCUUGUUAAGUUCGACACCGCAUAUCCAUUCGGAGACUUGCAUGACGAGUUCAAACAAGUGGCAAAGUUCGCCGCCCAGAAUCCAGAUCUUCUCGUUGCCGAAGUGAACAUCAACGAAUAUGGCGACCAAGAGAACCAAGACCUCGCUCAAACCUAUGGAGUCAAGAUUGAAGACUACCCGGUAUACAAACUUUUUCGGGGAUCUUCUGACCCGACUGCAGCUCUAACUUUCGAUGGAACGGUGAAAAAGCGAACUCAAGUCUUGUCAUUUUUGAAACAAAAUGGAGUCUAUGUUGGCUUGCCUACAUGCAUCGAACGCUUUGAUGAGCUUGCAGCUGAUUUCAUGAAAAGCGAGAAAAAGGGCGAGAAGCAGGAAAUUCAAGAAAAGGCUCAAGCUGCUGCGGACAAAAUUUCGGACAAACUAGAAAAGUAUCACGCCGAAACUUAUGUUAAAAUAAUGAAGAAAAUAUUGGAACAGGGAGAAGAUUUCAUAAGUAAGGAAGAAGCUAGAAUUUCGAAAGGGUUAAAUGAUAAAAGUAUUACGAAAGAAGCAAAAGUAGGAAUGAAAUCCCGAGAAAAUAUCAUCCAGUCGUUCAAAUAUCCGACGCCAUUUAGAAGACACGACGAGCUGUAA